AAAUAGCUUAUUAAUACUCUUCAUAAAGUAAUGAAACAGUGUUUCUCUCAUCAAAGUUAAUAAAUAGCUUAUUAAUACUCUUCAUAAAGUAAUGAAACAGUGUUUCUCUCAUCAAAGUUAAUAAAUAGCUUAUUAAUACUCUUCAUAAAGUAAUGAAACAGUGUUUCUCUCAUCAAAGUUAAUAAAUAGCUUAUUAAUACUCUUCAUAAAGUAAUGAAACAGUGUUUCUCUCAUCAAAGUUAAUAAAUAGCUUAUUAAUACUCUUCAUAAAUAGUACACUGCAGUCAACAUAAAGCUAAUUUGUCUAUUUCUGCCAUUCAGUUAAAACGUGAUAAAAAGAUUAAAGUUAAGUUUAUUACCAACUAAAUGUGUAGUCGCUUUCUGCUGCAAAACAAAAACAACCAGUCGUGAAUAUGUUAUUAUAUUCAUGUAAUUCUAUAUAUUUCUGAACGGAACUGAAUCUUCCUCCAUAACGAAGCGCUUGUUGUUCGCCCUCCGGUCCAGCAGAGGUCGCUGUUCGCUUCCGCCGCUCCGCUCUCCUCAAAGCGAACUGUCCGUGUGCGCGGCCCCGCUGGCUCUCUUUGUCCGCACAAGAGGAGCACAAUGUGCGCCGUGCGGCUGCUGCGGGUGUCGGUACGCGAGCGGCUCGGCGCCGCCGCCGAAGACGUUCUGCUGCGGGUGGAAGAAGGACAAGAAGCGGCGGACAUCCCGGCGCUGAGAGCGCUGCUCACCGAGCGGCUCGCGGCUGCGGAGGAGGAGAUUGUCGGUCUGUUGGAGGAAACCGUGGCGGAGUACGAAGACCGAGCCGAGCGGUCCGAGCGAGAGGUCCGCCGCCAGAAGAGGCUGCUCGAUGCCCUGCUGAAGCCCGACGUGCAGCUGCAGCGAGCAGAGUGUCUGCAGGAGGUGGGCCGGAGCCACACAGACCCCCAUCCUUUGGGGGACCCUGCAGACCUGAACCACACAGACCUCCAGCCUUCAGGGGACCCUGCAGACCUGAACCACACAGACCUCCAGCCUUCAGGGGACCCUGCAGACCUGAGCCAGACCGAAGCUGAGCCCGUCGACAGCGAUGCUUCCGGCCCGUCGAUGCUUCACACUCCUUCGCCUCCCAGCGAUCCGCCCACCUCCCCGAGCAGCUCGGCCGCCAACGGUGACUGUGUUCCAGACCGGAUCCGGACCAAACGCAGUCAGACGCUGAGGUCUUCGUGGAAAAAGAAGAGAGGACGGCCACUGCUCGCCAUCAGGAACAAACGAAAGAGGUCGACUCCGGCUCAGAGCUUCAGCUGCCACGCGUGUGGACGCUCUCUGCAGGGGAAAGGCUUCCUGCUCAAACACGUCCUGCAGGUCUGCGCCCAGGACUCGGACUGCUGCUGUGGCUUCUGUGGCGUGCGGUUGGACUCCGCCGCCGACCUGACAGCUCACUUGCAAACACACCAGGUGAAGAGCAAAACCUGUUCCCUUUGCGGGAAAACCUUCCAGUCGAUUCUGGCACAGGAGCUGCACAUGCGUCUGCACACCGGAGAGAAACCGUACAGUUGCGAAAUCUGCGGCAAGAAGUUCAGCCAGAAAGGCAACCUGUCGUCACACAUGCGCAUCCACGCCGCAGAGAAACCCUUUAGGUGCAAAGAGUGCAGCCGGGCUUUCUAUCACAUGACGUCUUUAGAACGUCACAUGCAGGAUCACAGCGGGGAGGAGGUGCACGCCUGCAGCGUCUGCAGUCAGGAGUUCACAAAGCGGCGCAGCCUGAAACAACAUAUGGCAACCCACCAGAAGGAUGCAGCAGACAAACCGAAGAGACGCCGCAGCUCGGCGCGGUCCUUCCACUGCAAAGUAUGCAGCGACGCCUUCGACAAGAGAGUCUUAUUGGUGAAACACGUGGAGACUCAUCUGAAGGACCCUGUCUGCUGCUGCGGACUCUGUGGACACCAGUACGAGUCCACCGCCAGGCUCGCCGCUCACCUGCACUCCCACCGCGAGAUCGGCAACACCUGCCACGUCUGCGGAAAGUGCUUCAGUGCUCAGGCCGCACUGCUGAUGCACAUGAGGAUCCACACUGGAGAGAAACCGUACUCCUGCAGCUCCUGUGGAAAGAGCUUCAACCAGAGCGGCAACUUGAAGACGCACCUGAAGACCCACACCGGGGAAAAGGCCUUUACCUGCAGCCUCUGUGGGAAGGGAUUCACCCAGAAACAGACUCUGGACACUCACGUCCGCUUCCACAACAAAGAGAGACGCUUCCUGUGCCAGGUGUGUGGGAAGGGCUUCAUGCAGGAAGUGGACCUGAAGAGACACAUGCUGAUCCACACCGGAGAGAAACCGUACAUCUGCAGGGUCUGUGGGAAGAGCUUCCAGGCCAAGCGGUCGCUCAACGGACACCUCAAAGUUCACACGGCUGAAGGAGGGGAGUCAAGCCCGGUGCUGGACCAGACCUCAGACCAGCAAAGGAUGGACGGUCUCUACUCAGGCUUCAUCCAGCUGUAGGGAACCGACUGCUGGCUCUGCCUGGGAGAGUCCAAGACUGGAACCAAUCCGGUUCAACAACGUUACUGUCGCACUACCACAGAAGUACUGCUAGUCUGUCCUGCACUGUAUGGUACUCCAUUAUGUACCGUGUGGUACUCCAUUAUGUACCGUGUGGUACUCCAUUAUGUACCGUGUGGUACUCGGCACUGUAUGGUAUUCAGCACUAUGCUGUG